AUGGCCCGUCAACUGCUGUCCCUCCUGGCCUUGGCCCUGCUGGCCGUGAGCGCCCAGGCGUACGACACUUGCAACGACGAACUCUUCGAGUACUACUGUGACCAGCGCUCCGAGUGCACCUGGCUCGCCGAUGAGGGCUAUUGCCUCCGCUCCGAGCUCACCACCACCACCACCAUCGCCUCGACCACCACCACCAUUCAGGGCAUCUACAACAACAACCAAGAUUAUUCGGAUGUCUGCCCCGGCGCCUGGUAUUGCGCCUACUACGGCUACGCCAAGACCAUGUUCGGCGGCGAGACCGAGUCGGACAGCGGCAGCGCCGCUGGCAUCUCCACCGUGGCCAUUGCUUGCAUCUGCGCCGCCGUCCUGUGCGUCGUGGCCAUUGCCGCCGCCGUCAUUGUCCGCCGCCGCAAGGCUCGCACUGUUGAGCUGCCCGUGAGCGUGGAAGAGGCUGAUGUUGCCGUCCCGCCGGUGGCUGUGAUGGAAGAGACUGCCGUUGUUGUGUAA